CACGAUAGACAGCGAAUUGACAGCAACACAACCGGCUCGCUUUUCCACGAGUGCCCAGGGAGGGAAACAUAUUACCGACCGAGAGAGCAUGAGGCGUAGGCCCGUUGAAUCCGAGGGUGGCGACACCCCACUCUUUUCGCUGGACGGUGGCAGCGGCAGCGGCGGCGGCGGCGGGGCGUAUCCUUCUGUCACUGCCCCAACCUCCUCCUACACCCGACCGACUCCGCGGAAGGUUGAGCUGCAGCACCAUGGGAGCAUCCAGGCUUUCAAUGAGGACCGUCGUGUGGAGGACAUGAUCCUUAAGGUCGCGGGAAAGAGCCCGCCGUGGCUGGCCAACUUCCUCAGGGCCUUCGCGCCGUUUGUUACCCUGACCUUCACCAUCGCGAACAUCGUCGGACCGGUCGUCGUGAGGUUUUACGCGCUGCUCUACAAGGUGUACAAGAUCCUACCGGUGAACGUGCUGGGCAUGAUCUACGGCCUCGUCAUGUGUUUCUUCGGGGGAUUCUUCCACGUCACCAUCGCGGCAAUUGAGGCGUUCAACAUGACGGGAGGCGAGAAGGUGAUGCUGUGCGUGCACGACCUCAAGCAGGACAUCAAGGCCCUCCACUACGCCAGCAAGGAGGACGACAAGCGGGACGAUGAUCACGACGGUAUCCCCGACGUCAAACAGAUCAGCCCGGAGAAGCUGCUCACGCGCAAGACGGCCCUGGCUCUUCGCGUCAUCAAUCCCGACAGGGCUACCAACGCCAUAACCGGCAUCUGGCAGGGUUACAUGGGCGUGCUGGUCGUCCUCAAGUUCCGCUUCGCCAAGGUCGUCGCCCUGGCCGUCAGCAUCGGAAACAACCUCCGUCCCAUCGUGGCGAAGAUCUUCGGCCCCGCCUUAGCCUUCGUGAUCCCGAGAGAGUACCACCAGUGGAUCGCUCCCAUGAUCAACUACUUCUGCAAGUUUGUGGCGAUGACGGUAGCCUGGUGGAUCCAGCGCCUCAUCUCCACCGUGCAGAGCGCCAUCAAGGGAGGCCUUCUAUUCUCUCGGUCCCUCAUGUACUUCGUCAGCGAGGUCACUCCCCUAAAGCUCGACCCCGAUCACUCUUUCUUGGAUGAGGUGUUGGGAUGGACGCUGGCUGCAUGCGGUGCCUACUUCCAGACCAGCAUCAACUGGGACUUGCCGUGGGCGGUGGACUUGUUCCUUUGGCCCGCCUAUCUCCUGGAGACGUUCCUCAAGUGGAGCGUCACUUGGAUGGACGUCCCGGCGCAGCCUGCCUGA